AUCGCUGUACCAUUACCAUGAAGGUUCUUGCAAUUCUCGCUCUGUUUUGUGCCAUCGUGGCAUGCCAAGCCUAUCCAAAAAAGGGAUAUGGAGGUGACUAUGACGAUGGCGAUAAACGUGACUAUGACGAUGGCCAUGGGAGUGGCUAUAAAGGUGGCUAUGUAGGAGGCUAUAAAGGUGAUACUGACGAUGGCUAUGCAAGUGCCUAUCCAGGUGGCUAUGGCCACAAAUACGGAUAUGGCAAUGACGACUACGAUGACGGAAAAUAUAAUGAAUAUAAGACAGGGUACGGAGGAGGCAACAGAGGUGGCAUUGGCGGUUACGGCGGUGGCCAUGGUGGCAUCGGUGGCGAAUAUGGCGGAUACCAUGCAAAAUAGUACUAAAGACAGACACCUCAAUUCCAUUGAAUUCCAAUUCCAAUUCCAGUGGCAC